UCUAUUUCCUCCCCAGGACACCAGGCCCUGGGCCAGAGGACUUGCAAGCUCUCCUCAUGGCAAUCUUCCUCUUGCUCCUGUUCCUGUGUAUGCCCUCCAAUGCUGCAGACAACAUCCAGGCCAUCUAUGUGGCCUUGGGGGACGCGAUGGAGCUGCCCUGUCCUUCGCCACCCGUCCUGCAUGGGGACGAGCUCCUGUCCUGGUUCCACAGUCCUGCGGCGGGCUCUUCUACUGACCUGGUGGUCCAAGUUCCAGUGGCCAGGCUGGACCCUGGGAGGCCCGGAAGAGAGGCCAGGCCCAGACUCCUGGGGAACUACUCUCUGUGGCUGGAUGCGUCCAGGGAGGGCGACGCCGGGCGGUACUGGUGUGCUGUGCUGGGGCAGCACUACAAGUACCAGAACUGGAGGGUGUAUGACAUCUCUGUGCUCACAGGAUCCCAGUUUUCUGCAAGGGCUGCUGAUGGGACUCUCUGUUCUGUCCUCCUGUGCUCUGUGGUCCCUGCCAGACGCCUGGAUUCUGUGACCUGGCUGGAAGGAAGGGGUCCUGUGAGAGGCCAUGCACAGCCUUUCUGGAGUGAUAGGGCCGCGCUGCUCUUGGUGUGUCCUGGGGAUGGGCUUUCUGAGUCCAGGGGCCGCAGGCCAAGAAUCAUCCGCUGUCUCGUGUCUCAAAACAAAGGGAUCAUCUUUAGCCUGGCAGCUCCCGUGGAUGCCUCCCCUGGCCUCUGUGCCCCAUCGAUAGGCUGGGAUGUGCCCUGGAUCCUGGUGUUUUUGCUGAUAGCUGGCCUGAUGAUCACCAUCCUGAUGCUUAGUUUUAUGCUUUGGAGGCGGAGAGGGCAGGGUUCCUCCCCUCCAAAUACCAAGAUCCCUCAAUUCAAACCUGAAGUCCAGGUCUAUGAGAAUAUCCAUUUGGCUCAUCUAAGCCCACCUGUCCUCAAGACCAGGUGUCCGUGACAUUUUCUCCUGAGCAGUGUGACCUGCUCUCCUGGCCAUC